UGCUUUCGGGCUCCCCACCACUGAUUUUCUACCCCUUCUACCAUGUUUUUUACUACUGCGCAAGCGUACAAGAACACAUGAAGAGCAUCUAAGGAACUCUCUUCUCAGUCCGACUAUACAGUUCGCUAAUCCACACGACGCACCGUAAACAUCUUAUGGUAUUUAAAGUUAUAAAAAAGUAUGAACUUUAUUUAUUAACAUUAUCGUAAUUAUUUAAAUUAAGUAUAUAUGAUGAAUUUAUUUAUUUGAAAAAUAAAAAAGUAAUUAAGUAUUCAAUUGGAAUAGUUAUAUUUGUUCUAACAUUGAAAACAACAUCAAAAUAUGAAAUGUUUUUUGUGAUGACUCCAAAAAUGGAAGAAAACAAAACAUUCAACAUUUAUUUAGCAACUGAAUUAAAGGUAUUGAACAUUGCUUACCUUCCUGGAUGGACUGCAGAAGAUUUGUGCAUAGCGGUAUGCAAACAAAUUGGUAUAGGUCCAGUUGCUCGACAUUUAUUUGCACUACGAAAUAAAUCUAACCGGCUUUGGUUUUCUCCAGCUUAUAGAUUUGAAGUUCAAGAGAAAAUUAAAUUAGAAUUCCGAUUACGAUUUAAACCUGCUAAUCUUCAAAGACUGAAAUCUAUUGAUUAUAUUGCUUAUAAUUAUUAUUUUCAUCAAGCACGCUGUGAUGUUUUAGAUAACAAAGUACCAGAUAUCAUUUAUGAAAAACAUAAACGGGAACUGAUUGGUUUAGGUGUUAGUGACAUGUACAGGGUUAUGUUAGAAAAAGAUGUGCCACAAGAAAUUGUUGAGUCAGAUUAUAAAAAAUAUAUACCGAAAGAAUGUAUAAAAAGGCAUUCAUUCUUUAUCAAAAAACCUAUACAUAAUGCCUUAGCCAGAAUAUCAGGUCAUGAUGCCUCUUAUGUUAAAGAACAAUACCUCAACCAAUUUCAAAGUAUGGCACCCAAUUAUCCAUGUGAAGAGUAUAAAGCGUUUAUGGAUAAAGGUAACCCUAAUCCACCUUCUCGUGUUUUGCUAAGAAUCACUGCAUUAGAAGUCAAGUAUUGUGAAACCGAUGCCAAUAGUCAGUGGACACUACUUUGUGCUAUAGAAGAUUUAUGCUUUAUUUCCGUAAGGCAAGACAAUACAAUUGAAAUAUCACGAAAAAAUGGAAUACCAUCAUACUUGAAAUUUCCAACAAACUUUAUAUUGAUGUCAUUUGUAUCUGCACUGGACGGAUAUUAUAGAUUAGCUGUUAAAUGGAAUUUUAAUUUAUGCCGAGAUGUUGUUACGCCUAGUAUUGAAAAGUUACAUCGGUUAAGAUGUCAUGGACCAGUUGGAGGCGAGUUUUCUUAUUCAAAACUUGAUGGAAAACGAUCCAACUAUCCUGGGACAUAUAUUUUACGAGAAUGUGAAUCAAAAUAUAAUGUUUUUUAUCUCGAUUCCUGUGGGAAAGAUAAUAAACCACGUACAUAUAAAAUCGAACAAAUUGGCACAGAAAACUUCAUUUUAUUUGGUUCGAUGAAUGUAUACAAAUCAAUACCACAAUUAAUCCAUUCUCAUCAAGAUCCUGCAAAAUCGUUAUAUUUAGCUGAAUGUUUACCUCCGUCAGAAUAUGAUAAGUCACCUCUUUUGAUAUGUGCUUUGGAUGGUAUGGGAAGUGAUGUGACAGCAGAUGACGAGAUAGUGACAGAGUUAUUAGAAGGUGGACCACGAUGUAUUCCACCGCAACAACUACAAGUAUAUAAAGCACAGCCCUUUGUAGAACAUAAUGUAGAUUUUAUUAAGGGAAAUUUUCUCCAAUCUCCAACAAUUGUCUAUCGAGCAAUGUGGAGAGUGGCUAAAGGUAAAAAACUAGAAGCUGCGAUGAAAGUAUUAAGAGACGAAGAAUGGAAAUAUACAAGAGAAUUCUUAGACUUGGCUGGUAAAUGGGGUCAAUUACGAUCAGGCGCGCUUGUUAGAUUAUAUGGAAUAACAGUCGCGCCAGCAAUUGGAAUGUUGAUGGAACUUGUUAAAUACGGUCCUUUGGAUGUUUAUCUUCAAAAUAAUUCGCAAACUAUUAAAACCGUUGACAUGGUAGAAGCAUCAGCUUGUUUAGCAACCGCUGUGUGGCAUCUGGAAGAAAAUGGCGUGGUUCAUGGAAAUAUACGAUGUCGUAAAUUAUUGGUUCAUGCACACACGGAUAAUAGUUUUAUUGUCAAACUUGCUGAUCCAGGUCUUUUUAGCUAUACACAAGCUGACAUCCAUUGGUUACCACCUGAGUAUUAUGAUAACUUAGAAAUGGCUAAAAAAAAUACAAGUGCUGAUGUAUGGGCUCUAGGUACAACAUUGUGGCAGAUAUUCUCUCGUGGUGCUAUACUUCCUACUCAUCAAGAUGUUAAUAUCAUGAAAAAAUUUUAUACUAGUGGAAAACGAUUGCCAAUACCCAAUGGUUGUCCUAUGGAAGUCUAUCAGCUGAUGUUGGAAUGUUGGGGAGAACCAAAUGGACCUAGGAAACAGCCUCAAGCAAUAAUGCGUGAUAUAAAUCAAAUACUCUAUCAAGUUUAUAAUUCUCGACGAACUCAUACAUAUGCUACGGCCUUCCCAAAAUUAUUUAACGAUAAAGAAGCUAAUAAUGAUGAUGGCCAUGAAAUGAUAGAUAAUAAUUCUUCAUCAGAUAGUGAAUCAAGGGCUAGUAGUCUUUUUACUGAUCGCACAAGCCUACCUUGGGAUGAUUUAGAUGAUGGUGGUGCAAAAUUAAUUCAAUUUACUGACAAUGAAGCGGAAGAAGAAUUGUCCGCUUAUUUAGGAUGGUUGGCUGAGAAUACAAGUCAUAACAAUCGCCGUGACGAAUCACUUCAUGAAGUCAAUAAUUUUAAUGAAACAAACAGUCAUAGCGGUGAUCCGUUGAGACAAAUGCAGGGUAUUUACGAAUUGGACGCUGACUGUAAUGUUAUUUUUCAAGGAAAAAUUGGACAGGGUUUUUAUGGCGAGGUUUAUCGAGGAAUUCUCGAGAAAAACAAUACAAAAGAUGCUGAACCACAACAAGUAGCCAUUAAAAAACUGAAAACGAAAGCAUUAGAAGCAGAUUUGCGGGAUUUUGAAAGAGAAAUUGCCAUUAUGAAGACUUUAAAGCAUCCAAAUGUCGUCGAAAUUCUCGGAGUCAUUUCGGAACCAGAGAUUUGUUUAGUAAUGGAAUUUAUUCAACAUGGUUCUUUACAAAGUUACCUAGCGAUACAUCGAGAAAGUCUUACCCAUAAACGACUUUUAAGUAUUGCUCUUGACAUUGCAACUGGCAUGGAUUAUUUAGGCAGUAAAAGUAUAGUUCAUCGAGAUCUUGCAGCUAGAAAUAUCCUCGUUGCAAAUGAUGCAAGAGUUAAGAUCAGUGAUUUUGGAUUGGCACAAGUCACUGAAAAUAAUGAUUACUAUAUUCUACAAACAAACCGUGAUUUACCGAUAAAAUGGUAUGCACCAGAAAGUUUAAGAGAUGGAAAGUUUUCAUCAAGAUCCGAUGUUUGGUCGUUUGGAGUAACAAUGUAUGAAACAUUUGGACUCGGUGAAGAUCCAAAACUUCCUGGUGUUGGAUGGGAACGGAAUGGUGAUGGUAAAGAAGAAGGUAGUGCCGAAUUGUUAGCUGCUUUAGAACGAGGAAGUCGACUACCUUGUCCACCUAAUUGCCCUCAAACUGUUUAUGUUAAACUAAUGUAUCCAUGUUGGCAUUUAGAAAGUCACCAAAGGCCAGAUUUUGCAACACUCUGUAAUGAUAUUCGCGAUUUAAUUAAUCAAUAUUAAAUUAUAUUCAUACUGAGAAUAUCAUUAAUGUAUAUAGAUUGAAUGAGUUGAAUCAUUCACCUGUUUUAUAUUUAUAUAUAAUAAAUUAUGUACCAUUUUUUGUAUAGAUAUGUAUGUAUUUAAACAUUUUAAGACUAGUAACUGACUUUUAUUCUUAAUAUCA